AUGGAAGCGCCCCAAAAGACGGUCAUUGUCGGCGCCGGGCCGGUCGGCUCCCUGGCGGCCCUGUACGCAGCCCAGAGAGGCCACCAGGUCGAGGUGUACGAGCUGCGUCCAGAUCUGCGAAACCCAGGCAUCGUGCCUCUCAACUUCACAAAGUCCAUCAACUUGGCCGUGUCCGAGCGUGGGAUACACGCCCUGCGACUGGCUGGCCACCCGACCCUCUUGAAAUCCAUCAUGGACGCCACGAUUCCCAUGCGCGGCCGCAUGAUACACGGCAGGAGCCCCACGCGGGCUUUGUACGAGCAUUCCCAAGACUACGACGCCAAAGGCCGGGCAAUCUACGCAAUUGACCGUUCGGGUCUCAACUCGCGCCUCCUCGAUGUCCUCGACUCGAUGCCCAACGUCAAGCUCUUCUUCAAUCACAAGCUGACCGGAGCCGACUUCAAUGCUUGCCGUGCCUGGUUUGAGGCACGAGACCAGGUCGCCUCGCCCAAUGACCGUUUCAGAGAGAUUGAAAUUGGCUUCGACCUCAUGAUCGGGGCCGACGGGGCGCAUUCAGCCGUGCGCUACCACAUCAUGAAGUUUUCCCGUAUGGACUAUCAACAAGAGUACAUCGACACCCUCUGGUGCGAGUUCCAACUGGGCCCCCGAGAGACUGCCUCCCAGGACGACCCGUGGGCCAAAUUCCAGAUAUCGCCAAAUCACUUGCAUAUUUGGCCAGGCAAGGACUUUAUGUUCAUUGCCAUACCAAGCGAGGACGGUUCUUUUACGUGCACCCUGUUCCUCCCAAGCAGGCAAUUUGCCGAGCUGGAGAAUGAUCCGUGCACUCUACCCGCCUUCUUUAACCAACACUUCCCCGGCGUCACCGACUUGAUACCCAGCGAAAGCCUCAUCUCGUCUUUCCAGGAAAACCCCCAUCUCCCGCUAAUCAGCCUCAGGUGCCGCCCAUACCACCAUGGCUCAUCCGGCAUCAUCAUCGGCGACGCUGCCCACGCCAUGGUUCCUUUCUACGGGCAAGGCAUGAACGCCGGAAUGGAGGAUGUGCGCAUUCUCUUUUCCGUGCUCGACAAGCAUGUCGAUGUGGCCAAGGCGUUGGCCGAGUACUCGGCGGUGCGAGAACCCGACGCCCAUGCCAUCAACGAGUUGGCGCUGCAAAACUACGUCGAGAUGAGAUCAUCCGUCCUCUCCAAGCGGUACCGGCUUCGCAAGUUCCUCGAAGAAUAUAUGAGCACCAAUCUUCCCAGCCUCGGCUGGCAUACCAAGUAUUCACGGGUUAGCUUUAGCAACGAGCCCUACGCCGACAUCGUCCGGCAGAGCGACCACCAGGGGAGGGUUCUAUUGUGGAGUUUCGUGGGAUUACUGGCCAGCCCUUUUGCCGUCACCGGACUGGCCCUCGCAUGCAGACAUCGCCGAACCCUCAUGUCCGGCCUCUACAGCCUCCUGGGAAUGAACGCAGCCCGUUCGGGCUAA